AUGGCCACUUUGGCCCCGUCUCCGCCGUUGUCACCCUCGUGGCCGAAGCGACGACCUCGAACAUGGGCGCUGCGCUGUGAGCGGUGGUGUUGCGCAGCCGCGAGCUCAUUUCCCCUCAUCUUCGUGUAUGGGUUGACGACGUGGGCGGUCUAUGUGGAAGUCAGUAUUGGGUUGAAGGAGCAUCAGAGUGUGUGGAUCGAGAUCUGGGGAGAGAGAAAGGGAGGGGGGCUGGAGGGAGAGAUGCAUCAGCCGAGAAGUGAUGAAGAUGCUCGUGUACAAUUUCCUCGGAGAUCAGCAGCUAAUGGUCGUUCUUUCUUCUUCGUUGUAGGACUCCCCAGCACCUUCCUCGGUCUUUUCCUGUACGGCUGUUUAAACGCAUCGUAUACAGUUGCCGUCUUCACAGACCCCGGCUCGCCUCUCACGACACGUCGUGGCGGGCGGCAUGAAUACAGCGCUCUCCCUGUGUCCGAAUAUCCCGAGUUCACCUCUUAUACCGUGAGUUCCUCCGGGGGCUCCCGGUAUUGUAAGAAAUGUCAAUGCCCGAAGCCCGACCGCGCGCAUCACUGUUCCACAUGUAAACGCUGCGUCUUGAAGAUGGACCAUCACUGCCCGUGGCUGGCCACCUGUGUUGGACUGUACAACUACAAGGCCUUUCUCCUCUUCCUGAUCUAUACAUGUCUCUUUUGCUGGGUAUGUUUUGGCGUCGCCGCCGUCUGGACGUGGACCGAGGUGCUCAACGAUACUCGUUACAUGGAUACCAUUAUGCCUGUGAAUGUGGUGCUGCUCGCGAUCCUGGCAGGGAUUAUCGGAUUGGUCCUCACGGGGUUCACGGCGUGGCACAUCAGCUUGGCCAUGCGAGGAGUGACUACGAUCGAGUGUUUGGAGAGGACAAGAUAUGUAUCGCCGCUGCGCAAGGCUCUUGACCGACAACGUCAUGAGCAUGGGUCGGGCCACAGCCAGGCACCCGAUUCUCAGAGUGAGGGUCUUGCUCAUCGGCUUCAGGGCUACGGGAAUCACAUCCUGGAUGCUCACGCCAAUGCUAUUCCAGGCGUGACGCGUGCCGAAGAAGGGGAGGAAAGACUCUCCCCGGCCCCCUACUCUCGCGGGGAAGGACCCAAUCUUGACAACGCACAUCAUCCGAUGACGCCGGCGCAGCAAGCUCUGACACGGUCCUAUGCCGAGAUGGAACGCCAGCGCGAGCGUAACAGGUACCAAGAAUGGGUCGACGAUCAAGAUAGCGAAAAGAUGCCACGGGCUUUUGAUCAUGGCUGGCGUCGUAACCUGGCCCACCUCUUUGGAGACAAUCCUCUCCUUUGGGCGAUUCCGGUCUGUACGACCACCGGGGAUGGCUGGCGCUGGGAGCCAAGCCAGAAAUUCCUCGAGGCACGAGAGCGGAUUCGUACUGCCCGUGAGCAAGAGACCCAAACGGAUCAACAGUACUACCGCGACCUUUACACGAGAAAUUCCAACAACAGCCAUGCCUGGGGGUGGACAAUGCCAGUGCAGCUCAGUACGCACAGCAACAACGACAACAUCAUCAUCAUCAUCAACAACAACAACAACAACAACAGCAGCAGCAGCAAUCACAACAGCCUGGUUGGUCCAUCAACCGACGGCCCAACGAUACUCUCGAACGACCGACUACGAGUGUCUCUAUGCAAACGCUUGCGCCUGCGUCUCCCCGACCGCGACCGGGAGACAGUGAUUAUGAGGACGAGCCUGAAGAGGCCGGGCUCUUAUAUUCUGCUGAGACUGGGAAGAGUACCUCUGCCAAGGAGACAACCGGACCUGUACGAGAAACCGAUGAAUGGCGAGAUUGGGACGAAUGAAUCUAAAACCAACAUUUGUAACUAG